CAAGAUGUCUACCACCAGGAUUCCACACCAGCCUUUACAUCCCUCCGUGAUCGACAGACUCGAUCCAGAUUAUGCCAAAUUUCACAACGACGUCCUACAAUACAUCGUACCUCCACACACGCUCCCCUGGGACCCAGCCAUUCGUAAUGCCCCCGCUGUACCUGGAGGAACAGCCCCGUUGAAAGUUGGCAAAACGCAGGAUCUGGACUUGACCCAUACAAAGUUUAGAGUGUUCACGCCGGAAGGCGCACCCCCGAGCAGCAGUGGAUGGCCAGCUUUUAUCUUUUUCCACGGAGGCGGGUGGACAUUUGGAAAUAUUAACGCUGAGAAUUCGUUUUGCACCAAUAUGUGUAUUCAUGCUAAAUGCGUAGUCUUAUCGGUCGAUUACAGACUUGCCCCCGAACACAAGUACCCAGCCGCCGUAGAGGACGCUGUUGAAUCUCUGCAAUGGGUGAUCAAAAGCGGAGAAGAGAUUCUCAACAUCGAUGUAACUAAGAUUGCGGUUGGAGGUUCAUCAAGCGGGGGAAACCUGGCCGCCAUCCUCGCACUCAAAGCCAGCGAACCUUCCUUCAUGCCCUCACUCCCUUCCCCCCUCAUCUUCCAACUCUUAAUUGUCCCCGUCACUGAUAACACUGCGACAGCUGACCCCGGUGGCCUUUGGGAAUCCAACAAAUUCUCCCCCUGGCUCUCACCUGAUCGUAUGAACUGGUUUAAAAAGAACUACCUACCCAAUCAAGAAGACUGGACGAAAUGGGACGCUUCGCCUAUAUUUGCGCCGAAGGAGUUGAUGGGGAAGACGCCGAAUGCGUGGAUUGCUAUUGCAGAGUUGGAUAUCCUUAGAGAGGAAGGUAUAGCGUACGGUGAGAAAUUGAAAGAGGCAGGUGUGAAGCAGGUUGAGACCGUGGUUUUUAAGGGUGGGCCCCACCCUAUAAUGGCUAUGGAUGGGCUGUCAAGCUGGGAGCAAAGUUGGUAG